ACAUCCAUUCUUUAUUUGUCAAGUGGUAAAAUAAACUAUUAAUUUAUGGAAACAAAUGACAAUUUGUCAACAAAAACUUUCCCCAUUGGUUACCAAAACCAGAGAACGACCAAACUGGAAAACUACCCGUUUUCUUGGAAAACCACUUGCGGCCAUCAUUACAAAAACAAAACCCACCGUCGAUUCCUUCCCCACUUUUCUUUUUCUAUUUCUCUUCUUCUCUCUCGAUUUUUCAUCAUCUUCUUUUUCUUCUUCUCAUACCAAUCCAAUUCCUUCACUAUGCGUAUGAGCUGUAAUGGAUGCCGUGUUCUUCGUAAAGGUUGCAGUGAGAGCUGCUCCAUCAGACCAUGUCUUCAGUGGAUCAAAUCCCCUCAAUCCCAAGCCAACGCCACUUUCUUUCUCGCCAAAUUCUACGGCCGAGCUGGCCUCGUUAACCUUAUCAAUGCUGGCCCCGACCAUCUCCGCCCAGCUAUUUUCAAAUCUUUGCUAUUCGAAGCGUGUGGCCGGAUCGUGAAUCCCAUUUUUGGGUCGGCUGGAUUGUUGUGGUCUGGGAGCUGGCAGCUUUGUCAGGACGCCGUCGAAGCUGUUCUGAAAGGCGCACCGAUUCUGCCGGUUUCUUCUGAAACGGCAGCGUCGCACAUGGGUCCACCUUUAAAAGGCUGUGAUAUCCGCCAUGUUUCCAAACAGCAAGACUCAGCCUCCGGUUCAGCGGUUAGGAAGAUCAAGACGCGACGGCGGUUCAAACGGUCUGGGACGGCGAAGUUGAAGCCGAAAGAGGAGCCGAGUGUGGUGGUGGUACCCGAGUUCAAAUUUGAUGACCAAACCCAGAUUGUGUCGGAACCCCAGUGUUUGAAGUUUGAGUUGGAUAAUUGGAAGGGUCGUGAGUCGCCGGAGAAAGACUGCGGUAGCGACGAUACAGAGUGCCUGUCGGUGGAGACUGUGGAGGGUUGCCAGGGUGGUGACGUGGAGUUGGAACUUACAUUGGGGUUUGGGCAAAGUUGGAUGCUGACGUGACUAGAUCGAGGACUAUAGGAAGGCCACGUGUAGAGAUGGAUGAUUUUGCUCUCACAAAUUUGGCUUUUGAUGUUUGUACAAAACCAAAAUGAGUUUUUUUCUUUCUUUCUUUCUAUUUUUUAGUUUAGGUUUAGGGUUUGUGAAGUGUUCAGUGAAUUUGUAUACUGUUUGUAAUUUUUAUUCGAAAGAAAGAAUGAAUAAUGAAUUUGAUUGAAUCAGUGAA